GAGACUCCACGUUCCGGAAGCUUAGCCGGCGCCGUAGAGCUGAAGAAGCCUCCACAACCCGGGAUCUUUAUCGGCGAUGCUAGAAUUAUGGCAGCCUCCACAUCCCGGAGCAAACAGAAACUCAACCGUAGAUCUGACUAUCCUACAUCUUUGCCGGAAGAAGAAGAGUUGCAAAGAGUCGAGCUCUUCCCGGAGCAAAACCCUAACCCAGAUCCGCCAGCAUGUCCGAGAGAAGCCACAAAACGGAGCACACCGCACGAAGACUUGAACAAAAUGAGAAGGAAGGGAGCCACCGGCGCCGGUACGCGCUCGGACGCACCGCCGGACGCCGGGGCUGCCUUACAAGCUAGUCUCUCUUUUGUCUCUCUGUUUAGAGCACUUUUAUUCCUUCUCACACUAGUUAGUUUAAAAAGAAAAAGUUAUGGGAUACCAUAUUCGUAGUCGAGAGUUGAUUUCUCCAGCAAAACCAAAGGACUCCGAGGAGGUACGAAAUCAUGACCGAUUGUGAAAAAGCCGAGCGAUUCGUCUACAUGAGCUGUGUAGACGAGGUACGCUACUCUUUUGUCAGCCACCUCUUCGACGCUCUCCGGCGGAAUGGCAUAUCAUCUGUAUUCGUCGAUUCCGGAGAUCUGCUCUCCGAUGAAGCGCAGGAAAAGGUAGAGAGAGCUAGGGUUUCUGUGGUGGUUUUACCCGCAAAUCGUCAGGUAUGCCUUGAAAAGCUUGAGAAGGUUCUCAAUUGCCAGAGGAACAAGGAACAGGUGGUGAUUCCAGUGUUGUACGGAGACAGUAUAUUACAUGGAGAAUGGCUAAGCGCGAUGAAUUUGAGGGGCUUAUCACCAGUCUUUCAGUCUAGGAACGAUUGCAGUGACUCUAAACUUGUAGAAAAGAUUGUCAGAAAUGUGAAUGAGAAGCUCUUAUAUAUGGGAAGAAUUGGAAUGUCCUGGAAGCUACGGGAGAUAGAAAACAUGGUUAACAAGCAACCGUUGGGCAUCCGCGGUGUUGGCAUCUGGGGUAUGCCUGGCAUAGGCAAGACAGAACUUGCUAAAGCAGUCUUUGAUCAAGUUUCUGGAGGAUUUGAUGCUUGCUGUUUUAUCGAAGACUAUGAUAAAGCUUUUCAUGAGAACAGACUUUUUCGUAUUUUGGUGGAACAACUUAUGAAAGACCAGCCUGCAAAUAGUGGUUCCAUUACAAAAAAGAGAUUGCGUAGAGACAAAUUAAUGAAUAAGAGAGUUCUUGUUGUUCUUGAUGACGUUCGCAAUCCUCUGCUUGCAGAGUCCUUUCUCGAAUAUUUUGAAUGGUUCGGUCCCGAAAGCCUGAUCAUCAUAACCUCCAGAGACAAACAAGUGUUUCGUCUUUGCCGAAUCAAUCAAAUAUAUGAGGUUCAGGGUUUAACUGAAAAAGAGGCUUUACAACUCUUCUUGCUGUGUGCAUCUCUUAACGAUAUGGGAGAGCAGAGUCUCCACGAGGUGGCAAUGGAAGUUAUUAAAUAUGCCCAUGGAAACCCGUUAGCUCUAAGCAUUUAUGGCGGAGCGCUGAAGGGCAAGGAAACACCAAAAGAUAUGGAGACUGCAUUCCUCGAACUCAAGGAUCGUCCUCCAUGUAAGCUUGUCGAUGCAAUCAAGAGAACCUACGACACUCUCAAUGACAGCGAAAAGAACAUUUUUCUAGACAUAGCUUGUUUCUUCCAGGGAGAAAAUGUUGACUACGUGAUGCAACUGCUUGAGGGUUGUGGUUUUUCUCCGCAUGUUGGAAUCGAUUCUCUUAUUGAAAAGUGUUUGGUGGCUAUUACAGAAAACCGAGUCCGAAUGUGUAAUUUUACCCAGGAUGUUGGCAGAUACAUGAUAACAAAAGGAGCAACUGUACAGAUCGAGAAACGCAGCAGACUGUGGGAACCUCAGAGCAUCAAAGAUUUAUUAGAAGAUACUGAAGACACAGAAAAUGGAGAACCCAACGUAACUGUCAAAUUUGCCCAGGACACUCAAGAGUUGGAAGCCAUAUUUCUGGACACAUCAAACUUAAGUUUUGAUAUCAAACCUGCUGCCUUUGAGAAUAUGUUAAACCUUAGGUUGCUGAAGAUUUACUGUUCGAAUCCUGAAACUCAUCCUGUAAUCAGUUUCACCAGAGGCUUUCUUCAUUCUCUUCCUGGUGAGCUAAGGCUCUUUCAUUGGGAGAACUAUCCUCUGCAAUCUUUUCCUCAAAAAUUUGAUCCUCGGAACCUUGUUGAAAUCAACAUGCCAUACAGUCAACUUAAGAAACUUUGGGGUGGAACCAAGAACCUGGAGACGCUAAAAACGAUUAGGCUUUGUCAUUCCAGGCAGCUGGUUGAUAUUGAUGAUAUUCUAAAAGCUCCAAGUCUUGAGAGAAUUGAUCUCCAAGGCUGUACAAAUCUUCAGAUUUUCCCACCGUCAGGUCAAUUGCUGCAUCUCCGAGUUGUAAAUCUCUCAGGCUGCGCAGAGAUCAAAAACUUCCCAGACGUUCCACCAAAUAUUGAGAAAUUGCAUCUCCAAGGUACAAGCAUAAGAAGUUUACCACCUUCCCUUGUUAAGCCGAAUCGCGGGGAGCUUGUCAACCUUCUAGCAGAACUUUCGGGUCUUUCAGAUGCUUUAAAACUUGAGCGUUUAUCGAGUCUGGAGAAAUCUAGCUCAUCUAGCACAGAUGUUGGCAAGCUUAGUUGCUUGGAGCUGAAAAACUGUUCUAGUUUGCAGAGUCUGCCAAACAUGUUUCAUUUAGAAUUUCUCAAAGUUCUUGAUCUCUCUGGCUGCUCAGAGCUCGAGAUUAUUCAGGGUUUCCCUCAGAACUUGAAGGAGUUAUAUCUUACUGGCACUGCUGUGAGAGAAGUGCCACAACUUCCUCAAAGCCUAGAACUCUUAAAUGCAUAUGGUUGUGCCUCUCUGGAAUCAAUUCGAUUGGACUCCACUCAACUUCCUAUGCAUUACUCGUUCAGUAAUUGUUUUAAACUAUCUCCGCAAGUGGUCAACCAAUUUUUGGUGAAAGCGCUGGCUAACGCAAAACACAUACCAAGAGAGCAUCCUCAGGAAUUUGACAAAGAUCUGGCUUUCAGCUUCUGUGCGCCCACACAUCCAGAUCAGGAUUCCACGAUUGAUCUGCAACCAGGAUCUUCCGUAAUGAUAUGGCUAACUCCUUCUUGGAGGAGCGCGCUUGUAGGCUUUGUUAUGCAAGUGGAGGUUGCAUUUUCGAAGGAUUACUAUCCUGCUACUGGGUUUGGCAUUAAGUGUAUUUGCAGAUGGAAAAACAAGGAAGGCGGCUCUCAUAGGAUAGAAAAAAAUUUGCAUUGUUGGGCUCCUGGGAAAGCUGUUCUACAGGAUCAUAUGCUUGUCUUUUGUGAUGUUAAAAUGCGUCCAAGAACAGAUGAAGGAAAUGACCCCUAUAUCUUGGCUGAUUUAGUUGUAUUUGAGUUCUAUCCUGUCGACAACCAGUCAAUCCGUCUAGAUUACAGUUUCACAGUGGAAAGAUGUGGAGUCUAUGUAAUAACUGCUGCAACUGGCAACACAAGUCUUGAGAGUAUUUCACCAGUAUUGUCCUUGGAUCCAGUGGAGCUUUCUGAUGAUGAAACUAAAGAUGGAGCCAGCUAUGAUCCAACUGGCAAUGCAAGUCUUGAGAAUAUUUCAUCAGCUUUGACCUUCGAUUCGAUGGAUAUUUCUUGCAAUCCGAGUGAAGAACUGAUAAAAGCUAGCUAUGAUGAUUUACAGGAGAUAGAUAGAGCCUUAUUUCGUUGCGUAGCGUAUUUAUUCAAUGAUGAGGAUAUUCAUUUGGUGAAAGUGGAACCCCUUGUUGCUUGCAUCGACUUGAAUGUUAGUUCUAGGCUCAAGGUCCUAGCCAAAAAGCAUCUCCUACGUGUAUCUUCCAAUGGGGUAAUCAGGAUGCUACCAAUGGGUAAAGAAAUCCUCCAUAGAGUAAGCAUUGGUUGCUCGGAAGAAGACUCUGAAAAGAUUUCUGUGGCUUCGUCAGGCUGUUGGAAGUAUGAUGUUUUCUUGAGCUUCAGCAGUCAAGAUGUCCGCAAAAGCUUCCUCAGUCACCUUCUUAAAGCAUUCAUCAGCAAAGGAAUCACUAUGUUCAUAGACAAUGAGAUAUUCAGACGCCAGGCGAUCAGCCCCGAGGUUUUACAAGCAAUAAGAGAGUCGAGUAUCUUGAUUGUUGUGUUCUCAAGAGACUACGCUUCUUCAAGCUGGCUUUUGGGUGAGUUGGCGGAGAUUGCAAAGAGCAGGAAAGAGUUGAGCCAAAUAGUGAUACCGGUUUUCUACUAUGUGGAUCCUUGGCACGUUAAGACACAAGCAGGAGAUUUUGGAAGGCAAUUUGGACAAACUUGCAAGAAACAAACAGAGGAUGAGAAACAACGAUGGUGCCAAGCUUUGACCAACAUAGCAGACAUACUUGGAAUCAGUUUUAAGAAUUGGGAUAACGAAGCAGACAUGGCUGAGACAAUUGCCAAUGAUGUUUCAAGUAAACUGAAUAUUACAGAAUCAGAGGGUUUUGGUGAGUUUGUCAGAAUUGAAAAUCAUGUCUCAAAAUUGAAUAUAUUGUUGUCCUUGGAAUCUGAGGAAGUGAGGAUGGUUGGCAUUUGGGGUCCUUCAGGAAUUGGUAAGACUGACAUUGCAAGAGCACUAUAUAGCCGACUUGCUCAUAGAUUCCAGCGUACCAUAUUUGUGGAUAUGUCUUUCGUAUAUAGGAGACCGGAUUACUACGGCGCAAAAGUGGAUUUCCAAACUCAGUUUCUAUCUGAAGUUUUAGGCCGGGAGUACUUUAAGGUAGGUAUGGAUCAUCUAUGUAUGGUGAGAGACAUGCUAAAGGAACAGAGAGUUCUUAUCAUUCUGGAUGACGUGGAUGAUCAAGUUCGACUACUAGAUGUCUUGGUAGAACAAACAGAAUGGUUUGGUUCAGGGAGCAGAAUUGUUGUUAUUACACAGGACAUAGGUCUUUUGAAAUCUUAUGGGAUUGACAAAAUUUAUUAUGUGGAUUUACCAUCUCAAAAAGAAGCUCUUCAGAUGUUCUGCCAAUCUGCUUUCAGGCAAAACUAUCCACCCGAUGGUUUUAUGGAAAUCGCAGUUGAGGUUGCAGAAGCUGUCGGUAAUCUUCCUUUGGGUCUCAUAGUCUUGGGUUCGUAUCUAAGAGGGAGGGAAAUAACAGAAUGGGUAGAUAUAUUGACUCAGAUCAAGGAUAGUCUGGAUGGGAAAAUGGAGAUGAUAUUAAGAGUCGCAUAUGACAGUUUAAGUGAUCAUGAUGAUAAAAUCAUAUAUCUUCACAUUGCGUGUUUAUUUAAUUAUGACACAGUCGAAUAUGUGACAUGUUUACUUUCAGACAGCCACUUGAGUGUUGUGUGCAGGCUUAAAAGCCUAGCUGAGAAGUCUUUCAUACACAUAACGGAAAAUGGAUACAUUACAAUGCACCAUUUGCAACAAAACUUUGGCAGAGAAAUAGUCCGUAAUGAGUCCAUUUAUAGUCCCGGAAAACGUCAAUUCUUGGUGGAUUCCGAGGAUAUUCUUGAUGUAUUUCAGGAUAACACCGGUACUGAAAGUGUUUUAGGGAUAUCAUUAGACAUAUCAGAACUCGAUCGUGAGCUAUAUAUAAGCGAGAGAGGGUUCAGCGGGAUGACAAAUCUCCGGUUCUUGAAAUUCUACACAAACUUGGGGAAUAAAGAAGUCAAUGUGCACUUACCUCAUGGCCUUGAUUAUCUGUGCCCGAAACUCAGAUUAUUGCACUGGGAGGCAUUCCCAAUGAGAUGCAUGCCUUCACACUUCUUUCCAGAAAAUCUUGUUGUACUCGCAAUGGAGGCUAGCAAGCUUGAGAAGUUGUGGAAUGAAGCUCAGCCGCUUAGAAGUCUGAAGUGCAUGAGUCUACGGUGUUCUUUAAAUCUGAGAGAAAUCCCAGAUCUUUCACACGCCACCAGUCUUGAGAAAUUGGAUCUUCGCGGUUGCUCAAGUUUGACUGAGCUUCCUUCCUCUAUUUGGAAUCUCCAUAAAUUGAAGGACUUGGACAUGGGAUAUUGUACACAUCUCAUGACUCUUCCAACCGGUAUCAACUUGGAAUCUCUCCAUUGCCUUAAUCUCAGUGGAUGCUCACGUUUGACAGAUUUUCCAGAAAUUUCAAGAAGCAUUUCAGAUCUCUAUCUUGAUGGAACUGCGAUAGAGGAAGUUCCUUGGUGGAUCGAGAACAUAUCUAGGCUAUCACACCUAUCCAUGAAUGGUUGCAACAAGUUGAAUAAGAUCUCCCCAAACAUAUCUAAACUGAAAUUUCUUGUGGAGGUAGACUUUUCAAAUUGCGAGUCACUGACUGAAGAUAGCUGGCAGAACCAUCCUGAGGAGAUCUCCACUUCUGUCACGACUGUAAACAUGUCUGGUAACAGUUUCCAGAGACUUCCAGACACUUGGACGUCCAUUCAACCAGAGGAUCUUAUCUUCCAUAGUUGCAGAAAUCUCGUGUCACUGCCAACGCUCCCUACAUCUCUUUUCAGGCUAACGGCAAAUAAUUGCGAAUCUCUUGAGAGUUUGCAUGGGUCCUUUAGCUAUCCACAGGCGGCCUUCCAGUUUAUCAACUGCUUCAAACUGAAUCAUCAUGCUAGAGAACUCAUCCUACAGUCAGAUUGCGCGUAUGCUAUCUUACCUGGUGAAGAACUUCCUGCACAUUUCACUCAUCGAGCUGCGGGCAGUGUCCUAACCAUUUAUUUACCUCGGAGCUCUCUUUCCAAAAGGUUCCCAAGUUUUAAGGCUUGCAUCAUGAUUGAAUCUAGAUCUGGUUCGUUUCACUUUGGCCUAGUUUGGCCCUUCAAAGGUGGAAGCGACAAAAUAUACUAUAGUUGUUGUUUGACCAACACUCCCUCUACAAGAAACCAUCUAAUCGUAUUCCACUGUGAGUUUUCUUCCGAUGAUGUCAAUGAUUCCCGAGCUGAGCUGAACUAUAGCGAUGUGCAGUUUGAGUUUGAUUGCCUUGACGACAAGAAGGAAAUGAUACAGAUAAAAGAAUGUGGUAUACAGCUCUUGGAAGUCUCUCCAUCUGCGGACGAGAGUGGUAAAAUCUUUAAACCUGAAUCUGGCUACGACUCUGAAGAGAGUGAUGUAGAAGACAUUGGAAGCUGCAAAAGAAUACGUGUACGAAUUGAUGAUUAAACAAACAUUUACUGUUUCGUUUCAUUCACUUUUCAAGGUCAUCCCCAAAAAGGGUUUAAUGGGAUAAUAUCAGUUGAGCUAAGCUAUAUUAUCUUUGCUCU